AUGGCUACAUUACGGGGAGUCUGGUCCCUAUCCAGAUCUAUCUCACUGCGACCCACGCCCCGCCUCUGUUGUCUCAAGCUACCCACGCCGGUUACCCGGUCCAAGAGAUGGUUUGCUGGCCGCCGCCGCUUGGCCAAUAACCGUUACCAAUACAGACAACUCAAGAAAGCCCGGGAUAUUCGCAUUCUGGAGCUCAGGCCGGCGGACAGCUUCGAUGAUCCCCUUCAUCUCUCCCUCAAACAAGUCUCACUCGAGGACCACGACAGACAUCGCUUCGAGGCAGUGUCCUACGUCUGGGGAGCCCCACGGGGCGGCCAGGAGGUCCUCUGUGAUGAUGAGACCAUCCGAGUGACUGUGAAUUGCGAGUCGUUGUUGCGGCAUCUGCGGCUCAAGACCCAGACGAGGCAUCUGUGGGUUGACGCCCUUUGCAUCAACCAGUCGUCGACCUCGGAUAAGAACCAUCAGGUGCCUCUGAUGGGAGACAUCUUCGAGUCGGCAGAGCGUGUCAUUAUUUGGCUUGGGCCAGAACGCUCAAGUGUGGCCAACUUCUUCCGCAGAGUGAAGCUGUUCAACCCGUUCAUAUCGCCGCAGCUCUAUGUCAUGAGACGUUUCGGUCCCUGGGCGGGGCACUCGUUUCGGAGGCUGAACUUUGUUUCACGCAUUGCCAACUGGGCUUGGGUCCACACUGUGCGCAGCGCCGAAGACUCACGAAUUCUGGGAGAGAUUGGCGAAUCCAGCUGGUUCACCCGCGUGUGGACGCUCCAGGAACAACUCCUAUCCUCCAAGGCUGUGAUCGUCAUCGGCCACCAUGAAUGUCCCUGGGAAGCCUUCGCAAACAUUUGGGCUUGGAACAUCAGGUCGAUCAAAUCACUAGGUGGGGAAGAAUCACCGGUCACGCUACGGCUGCUCACAUGGAUCGCCUUCCAAAGCACAUCUCUGUCGCACUCAAAAGGCGGCGGCCGCAAGAUACUGAAUGCCCAGUUUGACAUCUACUCGGGAUUAGUCGAGUGUGCCCGGACACACGGCGCAAGCGACCCGAGGGACAAGGUGUACGCGUUCCUGCCAUUGAUGCAGAGGAUCGAGCCAAACACAGACCCCAUGCCUGUCAGGUACGACAUGUCGUACCCAGAGGUGUAUGAGCAGUUUGCGAAGUACUCCAUCCGGCUUUCGGGGACCCUGAGGUAUCUGGAGACGCUCCCGCCACUGCGAUACAAGAGUAGCCUGCCUUCCUGGGUUGUGGAUUUGCAAGUGCCGGCAAAAUAUCCUAUGCGGAGGUGGGCUCACAGCCAGCUCGAUGCCCGAGCUACAGGGGAUAGCAAGGUUGACCUCCACCUGCUCGCCCACUCGAGGCGGGGCGAGCUUCUGUUGAAGGGAUCAAACUUCUCAGCCAUCAAGAGGAUAUCGGCUAUAGCUCCCUUUGAAACCCGGGAGUCUCCAGAUUUUGCAGAAGAGAUCGCCACGUGGUUUUGGAGCUGGCGGGAUACGAUCAGAGAAGCUGUGCUGAAUGGCGAGCUCAUCUGCCCAUAUUCUUCCUUUGCAGAAGGAUUCCACGAGUUCUUUGACGGGGUGAUGAGGUUCAACCCGUACCUCGGUGGGUGUACACUCUUUGUGACCGAUUCAGGGCACCUCGGUGUGUCACAAUUCAGUGUCCGCGAGGGAGACGAGGUUGUGCUCUUGGCAGGAUGUGCUCUCCCCGCCGUCCUCAGGUCCUCAGGUUCCGAGAGACAUCGCUUCUUCGCUGUGGCGUACGUUGCAGGGAUAAGCCACGGCGAGGCUUGGAAUCCACGGGACAGCAGAUCUCACGAACACUUGAGAAGUUUCACGCUGAUAUAG